AGAACCAGAGUGGAGAUGAGCGACAACAGCGCUGACAUUUUCCAAACUACAUCUAUUCAAUCCAACCGAUGAGGCGUUCACGUGUUCGCGCGUGAACCAGCUGGACUUGUUUCUGAGCUUUGACUUGUUUUCCCGACCCGAAACACAAGUUGUCGCCAAGUUUUGAGUUUGGAGGAGACUUCAGAGCGACACGAACCUCGGUGUGUUUCGCUGCGGGAGGAAAUAAACCGAGAACAAGGAGGCCGGAGGAGGACAUCAUGGAGAUCCUGGACAGCAGUGAACAGUUUCUCCACUGGGACAGGAACCUCAGCGAGCUGUCCGAGGCCGGGGACAUCGACUCUGUGCUCUACACCAAUCACUUCUCUGAGCUCCUGGACGACCUCUCCCAGGAUGCUUUGCUGGGCCAGCUGCUCAGCGACCCCUUCCUGUCCGGGGAGAAGUACGGAGCGGAGUCCAUGGAGGGAGAGGACGGCAGCGACCUGUCCUCGUCCCCUCUCCCCCCGCACAUCACCGCCGAGCACAGCUACUCGCUGUGCGGCGACAGUCGGCCUCAGUCGCCGCUCUCGCACCUGACCGGAGAGCACGGCAGCGAAGCAGCAGAGUCGGACGUGGAGUCGUCGGAGUGGGCUAUGGAGCAGGAGGAGGCCAUCGAGAGCCUUUUGUGUGAAACUUCCUCCCUGCUCCCUACAAUCUCUCUCUCUGUGUCCUCCUGCGAGGGGCCCCAAGUGCCCAAAGGCCCCGCUUUGGCCCCUGCAGCUCAGACUGCAGUCAGCGGCAACAACCAGGGCAAAGGCAUGAAGAUCAAAGAGGAGAAUUUAAUCCCCGAGAUUAAACUGGAGCCUCAUGAAGUGGACCAGUUCCUCAAUCUUUCACCAAAAGGUCUGGAGUCCCUUCAGUUGCCUCCCACUCCGCCCAGUUCCCACGGCAGCGACUCGGAGGGAAGCCAGAGCCCUGUCCACGCCACGCCCACUUUGUCUUGCCCCACCUCCCCCACCAGCCCUCCUCCAUCACAGAACAGCGCCAAAGUGUCUCCUCGCGCCGCUUCCUCCCUGUCCAACUCCCCUCUGCUCACCGCUCCUCAUAAGCUGCAGGGUUCCGGACCGCUCAUCCUGACCGAGGAGGAGCGUCGGACGCUGGUGGCUGAAGGUUACCCCGUCCCAAACAAACUGCCUCUGACCAAGGCUGAGGAGAAGGCACUGAAGAAGAUCCGCAGGAAGAUCAAGAACAAGAUUUCAGCUCAAGAGAGUCGCAGGAAGAAGAAGGAGUACAUGGACGCUCUGGAGAAAAAGGUGGAGACCUGCUCCAACGAGAACAACGAGCUGCGCAGGAAAGUGGAGACUCUGGAGUGCACCAACAAGUCUCUGCUGCAGCAGCUGCAGUCUCUGCAGGCGAUGGUGGCAGGAAAAGUCCACAAGUCCUGCAGGGUUGCUGGCUCCCAGACUUCAUCAUGCCUAAUGGUGGUCGUGUUGUGUUUCGCUCUGUUUCUGGGGAGCUUUUAUCCGGGCGGUUUGACUUCUUGUGCGAGCAUCGCUGAAACGAGCGCAACAUCCAAACAGAUGGACGUCCAAGAGUCCUACACCGCUACAGUUAAAUCCAGGAGUUUGCUAUCGACCUUCGAAGAGGAGCAGCCCCACCUCCUCGGCCUGGGCGGGGAGUAUCCCGACCACUGGGAGGACACGCCGGCCAUCGUCAUGGCAGCGUGGCGUCGCUCUGAGCAACAGAAACUCGCGGCGGAGCCCAGCAAAGCAGAAACACAUCCACCUUUCAGGAAUAAAAGCAACGACACGCAGAAAAACCUGCUGCUGGACCUGCACAGGUCUCUGGAUCAGAGGUCGAACAGCAACGUGAUAGAACUGGAUCGAUCGGUGAACGAGACGUCCUGAGGAUGAUCCCCGGUUUGUCCGGCGCAUGCUUGGUGUCCUGAAGCAAACCUACAGCUGCUGAUGGAUUAAGGCCUCCUCACGAUCCAAACACUGAACCCUAUCCUGAUAAUAAAGA